GACGUCAAAAAUUGGUCAUCAAUCUGUUAAAAAAUGGAAAUUCCGUUGAAAAAUGUGGAAUAAAAUUAAUUAAUGGUUAUUAAAGUGUUUAAAUUACAACUAGAACAUAAAUUCAAACAUAUCUUCUAAAGAAUUUCAAAAGAAAAGGAAGUUUAUCAUAAGUUUUGCCCGAAAAAGUAGUCAACAAAUUUUUUCUAGGUGGGGCCAAUAGAAAAUUCAUCUCAGUUUCCAGUCAAUUAAGGCCAGACAAACGGCUACCAAAUUCGUGGAGCUACCAUGGCUCGUCCCAUAUAUCCCAACCAGCAGAAAAUUGCUGAAAAAUUGAUUAUACUCAACGAUAGAGGUUUAGGAAUUUUGACCAGAGUUUACAACAUUAAAAAGGCCUGUGGUGAUACCAAAUCGAAGCCCGGUUUCCUAUCAGAAAAGUCUUUGGAGUCAUCGAUUAAGUUCAUUGUGAAACGUUUUCCAAAUAUCGAUGUAAAGGGUCUAAAUGCCAUAGUCAAUAUUAAGGCAGAAAUUAUUAAAUCCUUAUCCUUGUAUUAUCAUACCUUUGUGGAUCUGCUCGAUUUUAAGGACAAUGUGUGCGAGUUACUGACCACCAUGGAUGCUUGCCAAAUACAUUUGGAUAUUAUAUUAAAUUUUGAGUUAACCAAAAACUAUUUGGAUCUGGUGGUUACCUAUGUAUCGCUAAUGAUUCUCUUGUCGCGAGUGGAAGAUCGCAAAGCUGUUUUGGGGCUUUAUAAUGCUGCCUUUGAAUUACAAAAUAAUGCCUCGGAUGCCGGAUUCCCACGUUUGGGUCAAAUGAUAUUGGACUAUGAAGUACCGUUGAAAAAACUCUCCGAAGAGUUCAUACCACAUCAACGUUUGUUGACAAAUGCCUUGCGUUCUCUGACCUCCAUAUAUCCCUUGCGCAAUUUGCCUGCCGACAAAUGGCGUGAAAUGCAAAAGCUAAGUUUAGUGGGCAAUCCUGCAAUUCUACUGAAGGCAGUGCGCACUGAAACCAUGUCCUGCGAAUAUCUGUCUUUGGAGGCUAUGGAUAGAUGGAUUAUUUUUGGUUUACUCUUAAACCACCCAAUGUUGGCCCAAUACCCGGAGGUAAAUAAGAUAUGGUUGUCCGCGUUGGAUUCAAGCUGGGUGGUGGCUUUGUUUCGUGAUGAAGUUUUGCAGAUUCAUCAGUAUAUACAGACAUUCUUUGAUGGCAUUAAAGGCUAUAAUAAAAGGAUCAGUGAAGUUAAAGAGGCCUAUACGACGGCAGUGCAAAAGGCGGCUUUAAUGCAUAGAGAGCGCAGGAAGUUUUUGCGUACCGCAUUGAAAGAAUUGGCUUUGAUAAUGACCGAUCAACCUGGGCUUUUGGGCCCCAAGGCUAUAUUUAUUUUUAUAGGCCUAUGCUUGGCCAGAGAUGAAAUUUUGUGGCUUUUAAGGCAUAAUGAUAAUCCGCCAUUGUUGAAGAAUAAGGGCAAAAGCAACGAAGAUUUGGUGGACCGCCAAUUGCCUGAAUUGUUGUUUCACAUGGAGGAAUUACGCGCUCUGGUGCGCAAGUACAGUCAAGUGAUGCAACGCUACUAUGUGCAAUAUCUUUCCGGUUUCGAUUCCACCGAUCUCAAUAUACGCAUGCAAAGUUUACAAAUGUGUCCCGAAGAUGAAAGUGUAAUUUUCUCCUCGCUAUACAAUACAGCUUCGAGUUUGACAGUUAAACAAGUGGAGGACAAUGAACUGUUCGAUUUUAGAGCUUUCCGUUUAGAUUGGUUCCGCCUACAAACAUACAUGAGUGUGGGCAAGGCAGUGUUGCGCAUUCAAGAGCACGUGGAAUUGGCAAGGCUGUUGGAUUCGAUGGUAUUUCAUACCCGUGUGGUGGACAAUUUAGAUGAGAUUUUGGUAGAAACUUCAGACUUGAGUAUUUUCUGUUUCUACAGCAAAAUGUUUGAUGAUCAAUUCCAUAUGUGCCUGGAAUUUCCAGCACAAAAUCGCUAUAUAAUAGCAUUCCCUUUAAUAUGUAGUCACUUCCAAAAUUGCACCCAUGAAAUGUGCCCAGAAGAGCGUCACCACAUAAGAGAAAGAUCCUUAAGUGUGGUGAAUAUCUUCCUUGAGGAAAUGGCCAAAGAAGCUAAGAACAUUAUCACCACCAUAUGUGAUGAACAAUGUACCAUGGCAGAUGCCUUGCUGCCCAAACAUUGUGCCAAAAUCUUGUCAGUUCAGUCGGCACGCAAGAAGAAGGAUAAAUCCAAGAAACAAUUUGAUGAUAUACGCAAGCCUGGCGAUGAGUCCUACCGCAAGACACGUGAAGAUCUGACAACCAUGGAUAAACUGCAUAUGGCUUUGACGGAAUUGUGCUUUGCCAUCAACUAUUGUGCUACUGUUAAUGUGUGGGAAUUUGCCUUUGCCCCGCGUGAAUAUUUAUGUCAGAAUUUAGAGCAUCGUUUCUCACGUGAUUUGGUGGGAAUGGUGAUGUUCAAUCCCGAUACCAUGGAAAUAGCCAAACCUUCUGAGCUUUUGGCUUCGGUGAGAGCCUAUAUGAAUGUUUUGCAAACGGUGGAGAAUUAUGUGCACAUUGAUAUGACCCGGGUCUUCAACAAUUGUCUAUUGCAACAGACCCAGGCUUUGGACUCGCAUGGAGAGAAAACCAUAGCGGCUUUGUAUAAUACAUGGUAUAGUGAAGUCCUGUUGAGACGUGUUUCUGCCGGCAAUAUUGUCUUCAGCAAUAACCAAAAAGCUUUUGUUCCCAUUUCCCCUGAGGGCUGGGUACCCUUCAACCCCCAAGAGUUCUCGGAUCUUAAUGAGCUGCGCGCUUUAGCCGAAUUGGUGGGCCCCUAUGGCAUUAAGUCUUUGAAUGAAACCCUAAUGUGGCACAUUGCAAAUCAAGUGCAAGAACUCAAAUCGUUGGUGGGUGUGAACAAAGAAGUUCUUAUAACCUUACGCACCAGUUUUGACAAACCCGAGGUAAUGAAGGGGCAGUUUAAGAAUCUGCAAGAUGUGGAUCGGGUUCUACAACGAAUGACCAUCAUUGGAGUCAUAUUAUGCUUCCGCAAUUUGGUUCAUGAGGCCUUGGUGGAUGUGCUGGAGAAGCGUAUACCCUUCUUGCUGAGUUCUGUCAAGGAUUUUCAAGAGCAUUUACCCGGUGGUGAUCAAAUACGUGUAGCUUCUGAGAUGGCUGCUUCGGCGGGUCUUAUGUGCAAAGUCGAUCCCACCUUGGCGGCUACCUUGAAAUCGAAAAAACCCGAAUUUGAUGAAGGUGAACAUUUGAUUGCCUGUCUGCUAAUGGUUUUUGUGGCAGUUUCCAUACCAAAACUGGCACGUAAUGAUAGCUCAUUUUAUCGUGCCUCCAUCGAUGGCCACUCCAACAACACCCACUGCAUGUCAGUUGCCAUUAAUAAUAUAUUUGGCGCCCUCUUCACCAUAUGUGGUCAAAAUGACAUUGAAGAUCGCAUGAAAGAAUUUUUGGCUUUGGCCUCAUCAUCAUUGUUGCGUUUGGGUCAAGAAUCGGAUCGUGAUGCCACACGCAAUCGUGAGUCCAUUUAUCUCUUAUUGGAUGAAAUUGUUAAACAAUCGCCCUUCUUGACAAUGGAUUUGUUGGAGUCUUGCUUCCCCUACGUUCUGAUACGUAAUGCCUAUCAUGCCGUUUACAAACAGGAACAAAUAUUGGGUCUCUAAACGAUGGCUGGAGGAGCGAACAGAACUUCAUUCACAAAAUAGUAGGUUAAACAAAUAGACAUUUUUUUAAGCUUAUAUAUGUAGGCAAUAGAAGUAAAAAAACAGGAACAACACAAUGCACUAAGGCUAUAAAAGGCAGAA